AUGUGUAGUCACCUUGCUUUCCUUACAACCUUAGUCCUCGUGGCAUCUGUCCAAGCUGGACCGAGGGCGUACCCUCGUCAAGCUUGCACAGCGGCUGCCACGACGGCUGCUAGUGCUUCUGCAGCGACUGCCACUUCGACGACUCCGCUACAUUCCGCCGCUCGUGCAGCUGGGAAGCUUUACUUUGGUUCUGCAACUGACAAUCCAGAACUCACCGACCAGCCAUAUGUCGCUAUUCUCAGUCAGUCAAGCAUGUUUGGGCAAAUCACCCCCGGAAAUAGUAUGAAAUGGGACGCGACCGAGCCUGAAAGGGGGGUUUUCACUUUCGCGGCGGGCGAUGUUAUUGCAGACCUCGCAGCCUCCAACGGUCAACUCCUCCGUGGCCACAACUGUGUGUGGUACAAUCAGCUGCCGAGCUGGGUAUCCUCCGGUGGGUUUGACAACGCGACGCUUACGGAGAUCGUUGCGACACAUUGCGGUACAGUAGUAGGACAUUAUGCUGGACAAACAUAUUCGUGGGACAUCAUCAACGAGCCGUUCAACGACGAUGGGACCUGGCGCUCGGAUGUUUUCUACAACACCAUGGGCGAGUCUUUCGUCCCUGUCGCACUGAACGCUGCGCGUGCGGCGGACCCAAAGACUAAACUUUACAUCAAUGACUACAACAUCGAGGGCACUGGUGCUAAAUCCACCGCCAUGGUCAACCUCGUCAAAUCCCUCAAGGCUCAAGGCGUCCCUAUUGACGGUAUCGGCAUCCAAUGCCACCUGAUCGUCGGAGAGGUUCCCAGCACUCUCAAAGAGAAUUUUGAGCAGUUCACUGCCCUUGGCGUGGAAAUCGCUAUUACGGAGCUGGAUAUUCGGAUGACUCUUCCGUCAACCACUGCCCUGUUGGCUCAACAACAGGCGGAUUAUGAGACAGUCAUCUCAACAUGUACAGAAGUAGAGGGAUGCAUCGGCGUGACGGUUUGGGAUUACACUGAUAAAUAUUCAUGGAUUCCUUCGACAUUCCCUGGACAGGGAGCCGCAUGUCCGUGGGACGCCAAUUUGGUCACAAAGCCGGCUUAUGACGGUAUCGUGCAAGGAUUUGAGUCCUGUUGA